ACUGUAAUUUGUAUUUUCCUCCUUUCUGUGCAUUUGGUUUGGUUUGGCUGUAAUAAAAUGGACGGAGGUCCGUUAGGUUGAAUCUACUGUCUUUAACCUAAUUUCAUUUUCAAAAGCCUCUCGAAAUCUGAGAAAAAAACCAACAAGAGAAGCUGGAGCUGGUCUCGCGAAGAUCAAACUCGAACAGGCUUAGCGUUUGAUGGGUGCUCCAAAGCAGAAAUGGACUCAGGAAGAAGAGUCAGCUCUAAGGUCUGGCGUUAUCAAGCAUGGACCUGGUAAAUGGCGCACCAUUCUCAAAGACCCUGACUUUAGUGAAGUCUUGUUCCUGCGUUCCAAUGUUGAUCUUAAGGACAAAUGGAGGAACAUGAGUGUCAUUGCGAAUGGGUGGGGUUCGCGCGAGAAGUCUAGGUUAGCUGUUAAGAGGACGCACUCUCUUCCUAAACAGGAAGCUACCUCACUUGCCAACACUAGCCCAUUGCAGAGUGAUGAGGAAAUGGCAGAUGCCACUGGCACUUCUGCACCUAAUGUAAGGCUGGAUAGCCUUAUAAUGGAAGCAAUAUCUACCAUAAAAGAGCCUGGUGGCUCUAACAAAACAUCAAUUGGUACCUACAUUGAGGAACAAUAUCACGCUCCUCCAGACUUCAAACGGUUGCUGUCGGCCAAACUAAAGUACUUGACAGCUUGUAGGAAACUUAUCAAGGUUAAACGCAAGUAUAGGAUUCCAAACUCCACUCCUUUGUCUUCCCACAGGAAAAGACAAUUGGGGACAUCUUCUGGAAAACAGAGAAGUCUCUCUUCGCCUUCCCCUAAAACAGACGGAGAUGAAGUCAGUGUUGAGACAAACGCACAGAUUGAUCCGGAGUUAGCCAGAAUGAAGACUAUGAACGUACAUGAAGCUGCAGCGGUUGCAGCACAGGCAGUUGCAGAGGCAGAAGCUGCCAUGGCAGCAGCUGAAGAAGCUGCAAGGGAUGCAGAGUUAGCAGAAGCGGAAGCAGAAGUAGCUCAAGCUUUUGCAGAAGAAGCUUUAAAGACACUGAAAGGAAAAUACAACAACUGCAAAGUGAUGAUCCGUGCCUAAGAUGAUGGAGAGAGAAGCUAAAUGUGUUGAGAGAGAAGUAGUGUUUGUGUGUUUGAUGAUGUUUUCUCUACUUGGGAACUUUUUUUAGUUGUAAGCAGUAAUUGUAUGUGUGUCUAUUACUUGUUUACUUGUUCAUUGCAGUUUUAUAUAAUCCCUUUUCUUUGGAUUUGUAAACUUUUGAGUUUUUCAAUCAAGUGUGAGGACUUUCCAUGUACAUAUUUGCCUACUGAACUAAAGGCAAGUGUAUUAUUUAUUAUAUCUAGGGAUUUAUAGAAUUACAUAUUUUAAUACA